AUGUCCUCCACAGCUGCCCGUGUCGACCCCGACGUCGCCAACAAGGACGGCUCGCGCCCGGCCUUCGAGCCUUCGCCCUUCUCUCGCACCGCGCCGCCAGACGCCGAGUGGGUGCCGGGGCGCGGCCUCAAUGCCCACCCCGAGGCCGGACGCUUCGCCUUCACGGAUCAGACGAGCUUCCGCUCCGUGCACGUCGGCAAGACCAAGAUUGCGCCGGCGGCCAUGUACAAGCUGAUGCUGGGCGGCAUCGCGCCUCGCCCGAUCGCCCUUUGCGGUACGCUGUCGCCCGACGGUGUGCCGAACCUCGCGCCGAUCAGCUGGUUCCAGAUGGUCUCGCACAACCCGCCGCUCGUGAUGAUCUCGUUCGGCGGCGACUCGGCACGCCGCAAGGACAGCGAGCGCAACCUCAAGGAGUCUGGCGUCUUCUGCAUCUCUUCGUCGUCCGAGCCAUUUGUGGAGGCGCUCAACAGCGCAAGCGUCGACGCACCACGCGGCGUCUCUGAGUUCUUCUACUCGCACCUCACGCCCGUUCUCGGCGAUGUCGUCAAGGCGCCGCGAGUUGGCGAGAGCCCAUUCUCGAUGGAGUGCGAAGUCGACUUCACGCGCGAGUGGAACAACGCGGAGGGCCAGCACACGACGACGAUGGUCGUGGGCCGCGUCAAGGCGCUGCACAUGCGCGAGGACUGCCUCACGCCCGAGGGCACGCUGGACCCCGCCAAGACGCUGCCAGUCUCGCGCAUGGGCGGCCUCACCUACGGUCGCAGCACUACCGGCUUCGACCUCUCGCGGCCCAAGUGGGAGGAGACGCAGAACACACCCGAGGUGCAGGCUGCGCUCAAGGAAGAGCGAUGGGGCAGCUCGACGUCCAAGGUGGCCGAGAGCUGGCCGUGA